CCGCGCCGGGAGGCGGCGGCGCCGGGCGCGGGGACUCAGCGGGCGGCGCGCAGCGCGGAGCGGGAGUGGGACGCCGCCGCCGCCGCCACCUGCGGGGCCGUCAGCAAGAUGUCAUGGCACCCCCAGUACCGCAGCUCCAAGUUCCGCCACGUCUUCGGCAAAGCAGCCAGCAAAGAGAACUGCUACGACUCGGUGCCCAUCACCCGCAGCGUCCACGACAACCACUUCUGUGCCGUGAACCCCCAUUUCAUUGCCGUCGUCACUGAGUGUGCUGGUGGCGGGGCCUUCCUUGUCAUCCCCCUGCACCAGACAGGAAAGUUGGACCCUCAUUACCCCAAGGUCUGCGGACACAGAGGGAAUGUCUUAGACAUCAAGUGGAACCCUUUCAAUGACUUCCAGAUCGCCUCCUGUUCUGAAGAUGCCACGAUUAAGAUCUGGGACAUCCCCAAGCAGCUGCUGACCAGGAACCUCACAACCUAUAGCAAGGAGCUGGUGGGUCAUGCACGCAGAGUGGGCCUGGUGGAGUGGCACCCUACUGCCGCCAACAUCCUCUUCAGUGCCGGCUACGACUACAAGGUGAUGAUCUGGAACCUGGACACAAAGGAAUCUGUCAUCAUGAGCCCUGUGAAGACAAUCGCCUGUCACCAAGACGUCAUCCUCUCAAUGUCCUUCAACACCAACGGCAGCCUGCUGGCCACCACCUGUAAAGACCGCAAGAUUCGCAUUCUCGAUCCCCGGUUAGGGACCGUCCUGCAGGAAGCCAGCUACAAGGAGCACCGCGCCAACAAGGUGCUGUUUCUGGGGAGCAUGAAAAAGCUGCUGUCCACAGGCACAUCCCGCUGGAACAACCGGCAGAUGGUCCUGUGGAACCAGGAAGACCUGUCAGUGCCUCUCACCGAAGAGGACCUGGACGGCUCCUCGGGCGUGCUGUUCCCCUUCUACGACCCAGACACCAACAUGCUCUACGUGGUGGGGAAGGGUGAUGGCAACAUCCGCUACUACGAGGUGAGCGCCGACAAGCCGCACCUCAACUACCUGACUGAAUACCGCUCCUAUAACCCGCAGAAGGGGAUCGGUGUCAUGCCAAAGAGAGGUCUCGACGUGUCCUCCUGCGAGAUCUUCCGCUUCUACAAGCUGAUCACAACCAAAAGCCUCAUUGAGCCCGUCUCCAUGAUCGUACCCCGGCGGUCGGAAUCGUACCAAGAAGACAUCUACCCACCCACGGCAGGGGCCCAGCCCUCCCUGUCUGCCCAGGAGUGGCUCAGUGGGAUGAACAAAGAUCCAGUCCUGAUGUCUCUUAGGCCCGGCUCUCAGCUGCUGAGUCCCCAGCCCCUGACUCCAGAGAGACCCCUCUCCACUUCUGGGGCCUCUGCCUCAAGCCCGCCCUUGGGGCCUACAGCAAAGCUGGCUGUAGAUGUUGGCCGGAAGUCCUGCUCUCUGCCAGAGGGGAAGGUGACAAGUUGGACAACAGAACACCAGCUGGAAGAGAAGAAGUCUUGGCUCACAAAUGGCUUUGAUGUUUUUGAAUGUCCUCCACCAAAGACGGAGAAUGAGCUGCUACAGAUGUUCUACAGACAGCAGGAAGAGAUUCGAAGGCUCCGUGAACUGGUGACACAGCGAGAGGUCCAGGCCAAGCAGCUGGAACUGGAGAUCAAAAACCUGCAGAUGAGUUUGGGACAGUACUGAGCAGAGGCCUCUGCCACCCUCACCUCAGGGACACCACUCGGCUCUGUGGGGAGGUCCAGAACCAAACCACAAGUCCCAAGAACAACCACUAUUUCUAUAUUUUUUACGAGAAGACAAAACUCUCGGCCUUGGAAAGAGAUUGCAGUGGGACUCGGAGCCGGUGUUUCUCUUUGCCUUCUUUCAACAGCGGUUUUGUCCUGACUUUGUUUAGAUGACACUUUGCCUCCUGCUGAAUUCAGUUAAGGGUCUGCUAUGGCUAGAAGUUCUUGAGGGGGGAAAAGAACAUUGUAGAAAGUAAGAGCUGGACCCGAGAUAGCAAGUGGUCAUUUUUUGUUUUUACAUUUGUAAACGAGUGAUCUGGCCCAAUUCCCUCAUUUUACAGGUGGAGAAAUCUGUAGGAGAAGCUAGUAGGAUCACAGCAGGGUUGGGCUUGAGAUCCUGCUCUCCUGGGUCUGUCUGUCUAUUUGUCUGUCUGCCGUUUCUCACCCUGAACUCAACUGGUUUUGGCCUUG